ACCCGAAUUUUUUGCUUAAAAUGAAAAUCCCAGCAGCUCCGUCGCUUGACCACGCAUAGCGUCUUCUUUUCUUCCCUCCCUCCUUCCUCUGUGUCACCUCUUCCAGAAAAGCAGCUCUGACGGAGAGUUCCAGAGGGCAGAGGACGGGAUGUCUAAUGCUGGACCUUUCGCGGGCGGGCCGGUCCAGAGGGGCGGCAGGGGGUGACAGCGCCGUGUCCGGCAGAGGGAGCGACAGUGGCAGCGGUGCUUGGGACCGCCCCGGCGCCCAUUGGCUCGGCGGCUCCAUAUGGGGCUCGGCGCGGCUCCAUAAAGGCAGCCCGUCCGCCCGUCCGUCCGUCUGUCCCCGCCCGGCCAUGCCCUCGCCACCGCCCGCCCUGCCCUUGCUCCUGGCUGCCUGCUGCCUCUGCGCCCUCCCGCGGGGCUCAGGGUUCCCGCAGCCUUUCUCGCGCUACUGGGACGGUGUGGAGCUGCCCCAAAAACAGAUCUCCAGCUCUGUUUUGGAUCUCUGUUAUUCCAUAUUCAACAGCAUGCAUAAAAAUGAGGAAUCACAGAUCGCUUCUGCAAAGUUUACAAAGAAGGACAGUCAUGGGACUCUGGGACGGCCUUUUUUCCUUUUCAGGCCUCGAAAUGGAAGAACGAUCAAAGGCAGUGAAUACCAUGGAAUAUGAAGUUCAUGAGUUGAUUUACCAGCUUGAUGACUUGGUUUACGUAAAGAAAGGAGACUUCCCAUUGCACUGGUUGUCUAUUAUGUGACUCAGUUGAAUUUGCUGUUCCAUGUAAUAAAUUUGCAAUCAUUAA